AAGGUGUUUCGCCUUCUCUAUAGACACAAAUCAACUUUUUUGCGCUGAUCUGGUGACUUCCCUGCUGCAGCUGAUCUGGGUAAAUGGAUAUCUUCAAGCUCUGCCCUGCCUAAAAUGGAUGCCCCACCGCCUCCCCCACCGUCCUCCUCUCCAGCCGAGUCCGAGGGCUGCUUCUACUUGACGCAGUGAGCUGGACACGCACUGGUUUUAUUCUCCUUUUGCCGAAUGGAUGAGAGAACAGAACACCAUAGCUAAAAGCAUGUUGGCGAAGACCAUGCCGUGAUCUUGUUACUGUCCGAAUACACGUGAAAGGGGCUUAAAGAGCAAAAUAAAUAUUUGGAAUAUACCGAUCCAGGGAUUGAAAAUCCUGCGCGCCACAAGCACCAUGAAGAUCAGCAGCCUAGUGAUAUUUAAAGGGGGUUUGGGGUUCAGCACCAGGCUGCUGUUGCUGCUGCUGCUCCACUGGCUGGGAUGUUCUCAUGGGAUGCCGCACGUCCUGAGAUUUGGGGGGAUAUUUGAGUCCACUGAAAGUGGCCCAUCAGGUGCAGAGGAACUGGCAUUUAAAUUUGCUUUAAACACAAUCAACAGGAACAGAACCCUACUGCCAAACACAACACUUACCUAUGACAUCCAAAGGAUAAAUAUCUAUGACAGCUUCGAAGCCUCCAGGAAAGCCUGUGACCAGCUUUCGCUUGGGGUGGCAGCGAUCUUCGGCCCUUCUCACAGUUCUUCUGCAAAUGCAGUUCAGUCCAUCUGUAAUGCUCUGGGGGUCCCACACAUCCAGACCAAGUGGAAGCACCAAGUAUCAGACAACAGAGAUGUGUUUUAUGUGAGCCUGUAUCCGGACUUCUCCUCCCUCAGCAGAGCCAUCCUGGACCUUGUACACUUCUUCAAGUGGAAGACGGUCACGGUGGUUUAUGAUGACAGUACUGGUCUGAUUCGUCUGCAAGAACUUAUAAAAGCACCAUCGCGGUACAACAUUCGCUUAAAGAUUCGACAGCUGCCUGUAGACACCAAGGAUGCCAAGCCGCUUUUAAAGGAGAUGAAAAGGGGGAAAGAGUUUCAUGUCAUCUUCGACUGUGGUCAUGAAAUGGCUGCUGGAAUCCUCAAGCAGGCUCUCUCCAUGGGGAUGAUGACAGAGUAUUAUCACUAUAUCUUCACCACAUUGGAUCUGUUUGCGCUGGACGUGGAGCCUUACCGUUACAGUGGUGUAAACAUGACGGGCUUCAGGAUCCUCAACACUGAGAACAGCCAAGUGGCCUCCAUCAUUGAGAAAUGGUCCAUGGAGAGACUGCAGGCUCCACCCAAACCUGACUCUGGUCUACUGGACGGCUUCAUGACCACGGACGCCGCACUAAUGUAUGAUGCUGUGCAUGUGGUGGCCGUGGCUGUGCAACAGUCUCAGCAGAUCACUGUCAGCUCAUUACAGUGCAACCGACACAAGCCCUGGCGCUUCGGGAACCGCUUUAUGGGCCUCAUCAAAGAGGCUCACUGGGAUGGCCUGACUGGAAGAAUCUCUUUCAACAGGUCCAACGGCUUGAGAACAGAUUUCGAUCUGGAUGUCAUCAGUCUGAAGGAGGAGGGACUUGAAAAGAUCGGUACCUGGGACCCAUCAAGUGGACUGAACAUGACAGACCAAAACCAAAAGGGGAAGACAACUAAUGUCUCUGAUUCACUGUCCAAUCGAUCCUUGAUUGUCUCCACAAUACUGGAAGAGCCAUAUGUGAUGUUCAAGAAGUCUGACAAGCCACUGUAUGGGAAUGACCGCUUUGAAGGCUAUUGUAUAGAUCUACUGAGAGAGCUGGCCAGUAUCCUGGGCUUCACUUAUGAGGUUCACUUGGUGGAAGAUGGAAAAUACGGUGCCCAAGAUGAAAACACAGGCCAGUGGAAUGGCAUGGUCAAGGAACUGAUGGAGCAUAAAGCUGAUCUGGCAGUGGCUCCCCUCGCCAUCACAUACAUGCGUGAGAAGGUUAUCGACUUCUCUAAGCCCUUCAUGACGUUGGGUAUAAGUAUAUUGUACCGCAAGCCCAACGGCACCAACCCUGGAGUCUUCUCCUUCCUCAACCCUCUCUCACCUGAUAUCUGGAUGUAUAUUCUGCUGGCUUACUUGGGUGUCAGUUGUGUGCUGUUUGUCAUAGCCAGGUUUAGUCCCUACGAGUGGUAUAACCCUCAUCCUUGCAACCCUGACUCGGAUCUAGUGGAAAACAAUUUCACCCUGCUUAAUAGUUUCUGGUUCGGAGUUGGAGCUCUCAUGCAGCAAGGGUCUGAGCUCAUGCCAAAAGCCCUCUCUACCAGAAUUGUAGGAGGAAUCUGGUGGUUUUUCACACUCAUCAUUAUCUCCUCCUACACGGCAAACCUGGCAGCCUUCCUCACUGUGGAGAGGAUGGAGUCACCCAUUGACUCUGCUGACGAUCUGGCCAAACAGACGAAGAUUCAGUAUGGAGUAGUAGAGGGCGGCUCUACCAUGACCUUCUUCAAGAAAACUAAGAUCUCUACAUAUGAUAAGAUGUGGGAGUUCAUGAGCAGUCGGAGGCACUCGGUGAUGGUCAAGAGUGUUGAAGAAGGCAUUCACCGUGUGCUUACCUCAGACUAUGCAUUUCUCAUGGAGUCCACCACAAUUGAGUUUGUGACACAACGCAACUGCAACCUCACACAGAUUGGCAGCCUUAUUGAUUCCAAAGCAUACGGGGUUGGCACACCCAUGGGCUCUCCAUAUAGAGAUAAGAUCACUAUUGUUAUCCUGCAGCUUCAGGAGGAAGGGAAGCUACACAUGAUGAAAGAAAAAUGGUGGAGAGGAAAUGGCUGUCCAGAGGAAGAGAGUAAAGAGGCCAGUGCUCUUGGGGUACAGAACAUCGGAGGGAUCUUCAUUGUUCUGGCAGCCGGGCUUGUUCUGUCCGUGUGUGUGGCUGUGGGAGAAUUUGUUUACAAGUCCAAACAAAAUGCCCAACUUGAAAAGAGGUCUCUCUGCAGUGCCAUGGUGGAAGAACUGCGAAUUUCCCUCAUGUGCCAGCGCCGACUCAAACAGAAGCCCCAGGCACCCAUUAUGGUGAAAACAGAGGAAGUCAUCAACAUGCACACCUUCAACGACCGAAGACUUCCAGGAAAAGAGACCAUGGCUUAAAGUGGGAAUCUCAGUCACUUUCUCACCCCUUCUCUUGUGCCGAAGUGGCAUGCAAAGAUUCUUGGGAAAUGGGUGUGGGUAAAUGGUAAAAGGCUGUGGUUGGCAGUUGGGUCAGUUUAAACGUAGGGUAGGAUUACUUUGCAGUAUACCAUGAAAUAUCAUUUGCUAAGGCUAGGAUUAAAAGUGUAACAAUAUUUCCUGUGGAAAUAGCACCAACCUGGGUGAGAUUUCAGUUACCUCAUUGCUGUUCAGAAGAUUCAUUCAUUGUAAUGAAUUGAAGAGGAAUGAGUUGAGGAGUAGAAGAAAAAUGGUCUUUAAAUUAAAAGUGGAAAAGAUCGUGCUGCUCAGUCUGUUAUUGCACAGUUCACAACACAGAGGCUCGUUGAGCAAAUGGGGGAGAUUACGAGUGAAUAGAGGUACCGGUACUUACUGGGUGAACAGGUAGAGGUUUUCUGAAGGAUUGUUCAGUAGAAUUAACACAUAGGCUCUUUACUAAAUAAAGUCCAACUGUUUGCCCAUAGUGAGCAGUGAGCAGCACGUACAGAUAGGCCAUGCUUCGUCGCAUAUUGAUUGAUAUCUAAAAUGGGUAUACUGAAGACCAUCCAUCAGGCAAUAAGUGAUAUUAUUUGUUUGUGUUUUAGAAUACAGACACUUCAGUCUUUAAUAGGUGGGAUGAUUUUCAAAAAGCUCUGAAUUUAAAGCAGAGAAGGCACAACCAGGGGCAAUAUAUACUGUUCAUGUCCAUGUAUGAGCUGGUACGUACGUAUGAGCCAGAGAUUCCUUGACGGUACCUGAUCACGGUUGAUUGCAGCUUCCCUUUUCACUGAUUGGAGACCUCUCAGAAGCUUCUGUAUAUUGAUCACCAGCCUGUAUAUCACAACAUACCACUGAGCACUCUCAACAUAGUGCAAUCUUAUACACUUUAGCAGAAUAUAUUUUGGCUUGUUGAUCAUGUUAAAACCUUCUCUAAACAAAAUUAGAAAGUGAAACUUCUGUUGUGGAUUUUUUGUUUGUUUUUAUUGUUUUUAUCUUGCUGUUACAGUGCAGCACUACAGAGCUGGGAUGUUUGUACUGAAAACCAUGGCGGUAUCAUCUAACCUCCUCUUAUAUAGGUGAGAGUAAAGAUGGGAAUGGCUUGGUGCAACUCACGUGGUCUAAAUUUACAGCAAUCACACAACAUAGACUAUUUAUCCAAAGUAUCUAACAAUUUAUUUAUAAAUCUCUUUAUUUAUAUCUAUUGUCUGGAUUUUCACUACUACAAUGAAAGAAACGUUACCUAAAGUCUGUAUGGAGGGAUUUUUUUUUCUCUUUUGCUCUGUCUUGUCUCCAAUUUGAUUUUGUAUUUCUGUGGCUGAUUUUUCUUUAGCAGCAAAGGUUAACAUUUACAUGUGCAAAUGUGAUUUCUAUGAAAAAAUGUUUUUUGUAUAAAGAGAAUCAAAAUUUUGUAAUGAUUUUUACCUAUACAAAACAAACUGUAAAGUGUCAUUCAAGGCAAGGGGAGCACUACUCCAACCCUACACAAGGUCAACACAAAGAGACAGACCAAGUAUGUAUACAUAUCCGAUAUUUCAAGAUGUGCCCAUCCUCCAGCUUCAAGUACUAUUUGAUUAGUACUCUCCAACAAAGACAGCAGUGUGGUAACAUCAGUGACAAAAUGUUUUAGAGAAGGGAGAAAAAGUAACUAUUUUUUAUCAGGUAAAGGAAUCGUAUUUAAAUAAAGAUAUUUUUAUUUCAUGAGAAAAAUAAUCUGUUUAGAAGAAAUGUGUAGUCUACACACACAAGUAGGGAGGGUGAUUGUUGAUGCUGCGCCCCUAACGGCUGAUAGACUAGAAUCCAGUGCUGUGCAAUUAUGUGUAAAUCGUUUUAAAAAUGAAUUUUAAACAUUAAGGAACAUAUAAAUAAUUCUAAAUUUAUUGUGAAAACAAAAGGCAGUGCACACAUUUUACCCUUUAAAGUUGA